UCUGACUUCUGAGCAGUCAAUCAUCGAGCCAGUUGCUGUAUGGGAUUUCAAUGGUAUUUUUAGUUUUGACAAUUUGAAUAAUUUUAUGUGAUUCUCAAUACGUUGUAAGAAUUGUUGGCGGUCUUUUCUUUAGCGAUAGAAUCAUGGCGUGAGAGAUAUUUGUUUGCUGUUUAUUUCGCCUCUUGCGACGUCUUGCUGGUAAAAAUUUCGUCAUGUGUUUCGUAUAAAUGGAAGAAGUUAAUAGCGAUGGCAGUGAUGAAGAAAGGUUAUUUUACGGUACAGUUCGUGAAUAUACGAUAUUUUUCUUGACGUUUAUCAUCCUUUAUGUGGUUUCUUAUUGUGUGAUCAAUAUAUUUCGACAAAAAAGAGAUGUCAUUGCCUUAGAUGUUGAAGAUGAUUGGGUCUAUCGGAUUUCUUUAUGGCUGUGUACAUUUACCUUGAGUGUGUCAAUUGGUGCUGCAUUAUUACUGCCAGUUUCUAUUGUAAGCAAUGAACUUCUUUUAAUGUACCAGAGCAGCUAUUAUGUGAAAUGGUUGAAUAGUUCUCUAAUUCAUGGGUUUUGGAAUUUUGUUUUUCUUGGUUCCUAUUUGUCCCUGUUUGUGGCCAUUCCUUUUGCAUAUUUCUUUAUUGAGUCUGAAGGUUUUGCUGGCUCAAAAAAGGGUAUAAAAGCAAGAAUAUAUGAAACCUUCGUUGUACUGGGGUUGCUUGUUAUAGUUGUGACAAGUAUUGUUUGGGUUGCAUUAGGAAUUGUUAACAGUGAAUACGUGUUUGGUCCCAAGAAAGAGAAUAGUUUGUGGUUACCAUAUCUUCCUUUUAUUUAUUCUUGUAUUUCAUGCAUUGGAGUUUUCUCUUUAUUAAUUUUCACUCCGGUCGGCCUAACCAGAAUGUUCACUGUACUUGAAAAAUAUGUUGUUAAACCUCAGUUUCUUAGCGAUAUUGACGAGGAGUUGUACAUCAUUAAGAUGGAAAAGCAGAUAAUCAAUAAAAAAUUGAGGAAAACUUUAAGAAAACGGGGGACAGAUGUUAUUCCUAAUGGUAAAGGAUUACAGAAUGGUGAAAGUCGUUCUGAAGUGGAUCGCGAAGAGUCCUACAAACAGUUGGAUGAAAUGGAACUAGAAAGAAAGAAGUUAGAGCGUCGCCGUGAUGCGUCUUCAUGGCAAAGAAAUCUGGUUUACCCGUUAUGCUUUCUGGUCCUUCUUCUACUUACUGCAAUAUCAAUGGCAAUGGUUGCUCUGAACUUUUUAAGUUUACUUUUGAUGGAUGAAGCUUUGCCUAUGAGAGCUUCGGAGGUGGUGAUCGGGAAGGUUUCGUCGUCAAUGAUGGGAAAAUUUGGAGCGGUCUUGGAAAUCAUACUCAUUUUUUAUCUUAUGGCUGCUUCGUUAAUGGGUUUUUAUAGUCUUCCAUGGUUUACUAAACUUACACCAAUUGUAAAAAAUACGCCUAUGACACAGGUAAUAGCAAAUUGUGUUGUAUUGCUUGUUCUUAGUUCCGCACUUCCUGUACUGGCAAGAAUGUUAGGAAUCACGACAUUCGACUUAAUGGGAGAAUUUGGUCGAUUUGAUUGGCUUGGUAACUUACAAUUAAUAUUACUUUAUAACUUGUGGUUUGAAGUUGCAUCAGCUCUUUGUCUCAUGAAGAAACUAACGGCAACUGUACGAGAAGCGCUAUUUGAACGCUUUAAAAAACCGUGGAAGAAGCUGAAGUCCUUAGUCUGACGUCAUUUCGUAUUUAAUGUAAAUAUAACAUUUAUAUACAUACAUAAUAUAUAGUUUAAUU